CCCACAAUGUGUAUAUCGAGGAUGUAACAAAUCGCGCCAUCUUGACGAAUCGAAAUGUUGCCCUUAUCUCUUUUACGGACCGCUGUUAACCACCCUAUGUUGGUUGAGUUGAAGAAUGGUGAGACAUACAACGGUCAUCUUGUCAGCUGUGAUAACUGGAUGAAUAUCAAUCUCAGGGAAGUCAUCUGCACAUCAAGAGAUGGUGACAGGUUUUGGCGAAUGCCAGAAUGUUAUAUCCGAGGCAGCACUAUCAAAUAUUUACGUAUUCCUGAUGAAGUGAUAGAUAUGGUCAAGGAAGAGGCCAUUCAAAAUAGGGGCCGUGGUGGUCGAGGUGAUGGGCGGGGGCGUGGUGGACCAAGGGGUGGCCGCGGUGGACCUGGACGAGGUAUGUUGGGUGGUGGUGGACGUGGUGGAGGACGAGGGGGUGGCCGAGGAGGACCACCUAACAAACCAUUCGGAAAGGGCCGAGGAACGAAAUGAGGGCCUAAUCAGACUUAAGUGAAUAGAAGGAACUAUGCAUUUAGCGCUUGAUAUUGAAUGUGCUAUCACACGUUUUGUGCUGACUGAAAAGAUGGAUUGGACAUUACAAAACAUAUUGGAUAUUGUUUAAAAUGAAAGAAAUGUACACUGGUAUGUGUAUGAGUGUAAGGCAGGAAUGUCUUGUAAGCAAGAAACAAACGUGCACAAAUGAGCAAAAGAGUUCAAUUACUUUAUUAGGAAUAAGUCGAAUAAAAAAGGCACAGAAUGUGAAAAUGUAUAACAGAGCUCUUUCUGAACUCUCAGUAGUCUUGUUGUGGUUUUGGUUCUCAGUACCGACGAAAGUUAUUCUUCUCCCGAUUAUUAUUACUUUGGAGCCAGAAACUAUAAACUCUGUUCUUGAAGUGUAGGUGUUGUGGAGCCAAGUGUUUAAAGAUCCUCCCAAUGGUAUGUUUUUCUAGGUGUAUUGAAGUAGGAUUCUGUAAGCAGUUCUGCAACUUCCGCCAAGACUUGUUUUCUUUAGUCUGAUAUUUAGAUGUUUAUAAUCAUGAUGAUGGUUUAUUGUUACCUGAUUUACAUUCAAGGUACACAGUCGUUAGGUCAUGGUACUGUAACCCCCAUUUUGGGGGAGGGGGUUGGGGAAUGAACGGAUACCAAGUUUUAGAGGCAAAGCAGAACUUCAUGUAAGCAUAGUUUUAUAACUUAAUGUGCUCAAAGUGGUAAACUUUUGUAACAUUGACUAUGUGUAUAUGGACCUUGAAAAAUUUGGAUAAAAAAAUAAACACAAUAACAUAAA